CGCCGCGUUGGCACAUGUCUGACGCAACGCAGUCGUGUGUUUACGUCUAGGGAGGAGGAGGCGCGUCGAGACCUCCUUAUAUUUUCCCUAAUUUCUCCUACGUUUUCAGUAGAUGGACGACUUUUCGUGGAUGCGGAUGAAGAGCGGUGUUUGGUGAUUCAUUCUAACAUUUAGCAUCAGUGUGAAUUCCUCUGCGUCUGAGGGAACGGCCCAACCCACCUCCCUCUUACGUUCUUCCUUCGUCGGCGUUCGCGUGAGAAAGAGAGAGAGAGAGAGAGAGAGAAUAAAACGAGUUCUGGAACGUUACCACCAUGAAAGCGAGAUCGAGGCACCGGGCGGCGUCGAACAGGUGAACUGGCCUAAUUAGAGUCAGUCGCCGGUGAGCGCUUGUCUGGGUCGCACUGAGGGACGCCCCUCCGCUAUCUCUCUCUCUCCCACCACACACACACCUCCUUCCUCCCUCUUCUUUUCUCGCAUAUGUAUUGAGAGAGUGAUAAAGUGGUGAAUUAAGAGGAGAAAAUAGAAGAAAGAGAAAGAAAAAUAGAAGGAGGGAAAAGGCCAAAUAGAACGAUUUUUUUUAAUUGGAUUCACUACGGUGGCAUGUGUUGAGGGUCUCGGAUUCGUGUCGCUGGUAUUUUACGGAGAAAACUUUGGAUGAAGGGAAAUUCUAAGACGCUGGAUACAAAGAUAAACAGAUCAAGAUGUGUUCGACGGAUUUCGGGAUGUUAGACCUCCUGUUUGACAAGGACGACCCUGCUGUUAAGGGUAUGGAAGGCUUCAGGAACACGAUGUUCAGCAGCACAGACAAGCUAUCCGAUUGUGCUGACAUCAAGGAGGAGGUGCUGGAGUCAGGCACGAUUGAUUGGAAGAUGUCGAGCGACUGGGACGCGGACGAGCUGCUGCGCGCCGUGCUGGACGAGGGCGACGUGUCGUCCCCGAGGCUCAACCAGCAGACGCUCGACUCCAUCGGGUCCGUGGGCGGCUUCGGCAGCUGCUCCGCCCUCGCCACGCCCACGCUGCAGGGCCCCGGCGACAUGAGCGGCCUGGACGACGCCCUGGGCGAGCUGGUGGGGCUGCCCUUCCACGCCGUCCUCGACUCGGGGGCCUCCGACUCGGGCAUGUCCAGCGACUCCUCCUUGGACCAGCAGCUGUCCCCCCUCUCGGGCUACUCCAUGUCCUCCCCGGGCUCCCUCGCCGACGUAGGCUUGGGGCUAGGCCUACCUUCCCCCGAGGCCGCCCUGGACGCCACCUCCGACGUGUCCUCGACGAGUGACCUGGGUUCGCUGGGCUCCGCGUCGCCGCACAGUAGCACCAUGCUGGCCCCGCCCUGUAGCCCCGAGGCUAUCCUCGGCCUGGAGGAUUUCAUGCAGUCGGAUUCGGGCAUCUCGUCUCCCGUGCCCGACUUCGUGAACCCGCCCGCCGUCAGCCUCCCCGCCGUCAGCCUCCCCGCCGUCAGCUCUCCCGCCGUCUGCCUCUCCUCCGCCGUCAGCUCCCCCGCCGUCGUCAGCUCCCCCGCCGUCAGCCCGCCCUCCGUCGCCGCCAUCAGCGCGGCGCCCACCAUCUUCACGCACGCCCCCGUCAGCGUCAAGACGAGCUGUGCGACCGCCACCGUCUCCGCCACCCCGACGGCGACGCAGCAGGUGAGCGCGACGACGGCGGCGCCCAUCCUGCGGACCGUGACGGUGCCGGCGGGCGCGGGCGGCGUGAACUCCGUGGGCGGGCAGACCAUCGUGGUGACGCAGGCGAACAAGGGCGGCGCGCCCACCGCCCAGCUGCUGCGGAGCGGCACGGUGCUGAAGGCGGGCGCGCAGACCUCGCGCUCCAUCCUCCUGCCCGUCACCGUCAAGGACCUCAACCAGGUGCGCACCAUCAAGAUCAUCAGCACGGGCGGCAGCGGGGGCGUGGCCGGGCGGGGCGUACGCACCGUGGUGUCCACCGUGCGCCCCCCCGCCACCCCGUCCUCGGCGCUGAGCAGCCAGUCGAUCCGCACGGCGCUGCUCGGCACCGUGCGCGGCCAGGACUCCAAGUCGCUGCUGAAGGGCCCCGCGGCGCCCACGGUGCUCACCGCCUCGGCCCGCCCGUCCGCCGCCCUCGCCGCGCACACGUCGCCCCCCAGGAUCAAGGUCGAGCCCGACGAGGACGACGGCGACGACGAGGACGACGAUGAUAUCCCCAGGAAUUCGUUCCAGCAGCUGACCCUCUCCGAUGAGGAGAAGCGCCUUUUGAAAAAGGAAGGGAUCCAGUUGCCUUCGCACUACCCGCUGACCAAGCAGGAGGAGAGAGAGUUGAAACGCAUCAGGCGCAAGAUCAGAAACAAGAUCUCCGCUCAGGAUUCCAGGAAACGCAAGAAAGAAUACAUUGACGGACUGGAAGACAGAGUGAAGGCCUGCACGGAGGAGAACCAGCAGCUCCAGAAACGCAUCAGAACCCUCGAGGCCCAGAACGAGUCCUUGCUGGUGCAGAUGAGACGGUUCCAGAGCGUGCUGACGGGUGGCGGAAACAGCGGCCGAUCACAGGUCAAUGCCUCCACGGCACUCAUGAUGCUGAUUUUGUCAGCGGCGCUCUUCAUCGUGCCCUCAGUCAGACAGGACGCUGCCGGGUCUGAGAGCGACCUUUCACUGCCUGCGUCAAAGAUGCCAUCAGCAGGUCAUUCCCGCAGUCUCCUGGAGGCUGGCAAUGGCGGCCUCGUACCUGGUGCUCUGGAUGUGUUGGAAGGUGUUGAUGAUGAUCUCCCUGCUGACCUGGACAGCCCACAGGUUCUGGCCCUGACUGACCACGACUACACUCCAGUGGCCAAGCGCCAGCGCACCAACUCCAAGGGAAUCAACUACUAUGUUCCACCCCUAGAUGACAUAGGACCCCAGAACGGAAAAGUGGACGCUGGCGGAGGGUUCCCCCCCGACGACAGCUCGGGCACAAAGCUGGCUGCAAGGAUAGUAGACGCGAUGGUGGAGCACGCGACGAACAACUACUCGGACCCAGGAGGGCAGCACGGCAACAAAGCCCAGGCUGUUGUGGUCAGUCUUGGCCAGGGGAAGAAGAGGCUGCGGGACGAUCUGGAGUUGGAGUGAGGUGUUUUCUUUAAGCACUGAGGGUGCAUUCAUUCUUUUGCAUAAUAAGGAGAUGAUUUGCCUCAGGUUGGUGUGACUUCAUGGCUAAAGUUGCAUCUCUUUGAAUGGCCCUGUGCUGGGUGGGGGGACCUACCACGGCGGCAGAGGCUGCCACUACCCUGAAGCCCCGUCCCUGGAGUCCUCUGGGUUGCACGGACAAAGCCAUCUUCCCUUUCAACGUGUACUGGAGGCUGUGCUAGCAUUACAAUAGUAAGAUUCAAUGAAGCUAAACAAUUUUAAUUUAAUAAUUUCGAGAGGUUUAGGCUGGUGGGAGAUGGCAGGCUUCUGCAGACUUGUGGUAACAUUGUUUAAGCUGCACUGUGUGUGUGGGUGGUGCAUUCAUGUAGUAUAGUCGGGUGAACAGCUGGAACCAGUCGUUGUGGGGCCUCGAGCUGAUGCCCUGCUCAUCCAAGAAGGGAAUAAGGGGUUUAUGUUCAUUAUGCCAUAUGGGUUUGCUUUGCUGUUAUGUUACUAAAGAAUAUUUCUUAAAGAUUAUUGUAAGAUUAUCUAUUAAGAAAUCCUGUUUCUUUUUAGACUUAUAAGAGGUACAACUUUGGAGAACUUUAAGAUAAUUUAGUGUUUCCAAACAUUAGUGGCUUUGUCGUGUGGAUGAUGAAGUCCACAGCAUUCUUCACAUUAAGCUCUUGCAGUGUUAUCUUACGAUCAUCAUCUCUUGUUCUCACGAAGGAGUCAAAGGACUAAGAGUUUAAUUAUACUUUUUAACUCCUCGGUUAAAUGAUAAAACACUGAUAUUCAAAAGGUUGGGUGCAAAGAUUAUGUUCAAAUAUAUUUCAAUGUGCUUAAUUUUGAAAUAUAUAUAGAGAUAUAUAUAAUUUUUUUUUUUCUGGUUUUCUUUUACACAUUUGUAUUCGGUGGCGAUAAACACGGAAUACUCUUUCUUCGACUGAUUGUUAUGGACCAAUGCAAUAUUUUUUUUUUUAUAUAUAUAUAAAUCAUUUCAUUUCAUUAUUUGUUAGUAGAAUGGAAGUCAUAUCACUGUCAUUUGAUCAUUUUUUGUAGAUAAAAUUAUAAAAUGAAGAAAGAAAUAUAUUUUAAGGCAAAC